GAUGAUGAUGGUGGUGAUGAUGACUACGACGAUGAUGCUGAGGACGACAAUGAUAGCAAUGUUGACGAUGGUAAUGAUAACAAUGUUGAUGACGAUGAUGCUGACGAUGAUGAAGACGACAACGAUGAUGACGAUAAUAAUGAUAAUAAUAGUGACGGAAACCCAGAGCUCAGUUACUGGCCAUUGCGUGUUUACCUGGUAAGAAUCAGACAACUAAUUCAAAGGUUCUUCAUCAAUAGCUUCUUCAAGAGAUGGCUAAGAACGAGCCAGCUUCAUAGGUUUAAUGCAAGGGCCUAAACAUUGCACCGAGAGGACUAAGCGAAAACUAAUCUUUGAAAAUGCGUUCUGUUGAACUGCAUGUAUUGUCUCGACACAGUUGUCAGCUUCCUCUGCUUUACUUACUGACAUUAGGACAGCUUGGGAUUCAAAAUUUCAUCAAAUGAAUUUUGCUUGCAUGUAAUUUAAUUAAAAAUUAUAACAAUAAUUGAAUUGGAAGUAGGCAUUGAUCGCAAUUGCUUCAAUGAUAAAAUUAAAGCUAUUAAUAAGAUUUUUUAAAUGCACGACGAAAAUAUUCUGCAGCAAUAGCAAAGUAAAGCUGGGAGAUCUUGUUUAAAAAUUAAAUAAUAAAUUGUACUUUCUGUUUUUGUCCCAACAGCUUCCAGGAAAAGAGUGCUAUUGGGUGUGUCUAUAUAUCAUGUUGGAGGAAGACUGUAGAUGUAUGCCAGCCAAGUAUACUUUGUGCAGCAUUAGAAACUAAGCGAAGAUCAACUUGAGACUUCGAUAGACUUUAUAAUAUUUAAGAAAGGCCCAUGUUUAUACAGACUUGUUGUUGCACCACUCGUGUUUAAACUUUGUAAACUGGGCAUCCUAAUCCGUACUAAGUCUGAACUUGGGCCUAAUAUAAUUAUUUUUCGAACACCCUUCUGUAAGAGACCUUGUGGAAUUCAUAUCUUUACUGGUUUCUCGGAGAAAACUGGGUGGGCCUAUUUUCCACUGUUAUUUUUUCUUAGAUGUGUAUCGACGUUAAAAGCUAAACGAAGUGGCAGUGCUUACAUUAUUACCAGUAUGAAACUCCUUUAACAUAUUGCUCUAACGAGAAGAGCUAAACAAUUUUACACAUGAUUCACAAAUGACCACGCACGUGACUGAUGGCGCGGGACCGGUGAGGCGCGAACUGCGUGACUCUCACGCACGCGUGUACUCCCCUCAUUAAAUCUGAGGAGGAAGAGGCUGCUUACAGUCUAUUUCGUGCCUGAAGAACGUGGCCGAGUAUAUAGCGAAUAAGGGAGCCAUUAUGUAAAGAAAGAAAGCUAUUUUACAAUAAUGGAAGUCUUUCUUGCAUUCAUUUAUGUAACUUGUUUUAUCAAUUCGGCUGCGAAAAUUAGAGAGUACUUGGAACUUCUGAAUUCUUCUUAAUUAAUGCCACAAACGCUGACUUUAUAGCUUAACAUGUAACAUAAACAGCAAUAACCAUCUAAUGCAUGAAGAUUUUGAGAGGUUCCAAGGUAACGUCUUGCCUGUAUCUGAAUUCGCGAAAAUGGUCUGCAAAAAAAAAAAAUAGAUAAAAAACUUAUUGUGACUAUCUGCUGAGUGAUAGGUAAGGAAUCAUAGCUUUCAAUCCUUUUACAUUGGUUCAAUGAAUGGUUAGCGUUUGCUAGCGCUUAAGAGGUAAUGAAAAAUGAAACGAACCACGAGAAGACUACGCUAAAUGUGCUGAUACAUGCACCUAUUCUCAUGUAUUAAAACUGAUUCAUUCAGGCGUUAGUUGGAUUCAAACCGCGAUCUUUGUCUUGGUUACAGGCCUUGUGCUCUUAGUCCACCAAGCAAGUUUCAAAGUAGAAUCUCAAACGAUCCACUGAAUCUGUUUGAUGAUAGCUUAAAGAAAUGAAUUGGAUGUCAGCAGUGGACUCUUUAAUCGGUUCUCCAACUUCUCAACAAGCCAGUGUUUUGGUAUCACUUCCUCUGUUUUUAACAAGUAUUUCAUUUAGGUCAGAGAUCGACAGAGACGUCCGGCCGUGUUAUGGCAGUUCUGAACUCAACUAUCGUCAGCAGUGAUCUAUAACCUGUAAGUACCAGAAUGUACAAAUUAAAGAGCUUUACGGUCAAUUGUGCCCUUGCUGCACCAAAGUCGUGACUUUAUAGAUAAACUGGCUUCUGUUCCAGAGGGAUUCCAACCGUUGAACAUUGCUUCGUUAGUAAGCAAAUUGAAAUGAAAUAUUUUCAUGAGAUUCAAACGCCAGGGCCUCUGAAGGGCCUCUGUCAUGAUGCAACGUUUGCUUUGAUGACCUGCUUUUAGAAUCUCUUUUAUUUAGGUCCUGGUAGUUCAGAAGUUGUCUCAGCUCCCAGUUGUUACAUAUAGAUUGUUUUCACUCACGUGACCAGCAUCCCUGCAAAUUGACUGGAUCAAAAGAAUUCGUUUGCUUAAGAAAAGAAGUCAACUCAUAGAGGACUGCUUUGGAGCACCAACAUGGCUGCCGUCUUGACACAUCAAUAUGGCCGCUGUGACGUCAUGUGAAAACGCUCUCUAACCGGCCCAGUGACGUAGCUGUUGAUCACGUGACCCUACCUACAAGAUUCAAGGUGUGUACCAGAAAGGAAGGAAAUAUUCAACCAAAAUAUUUUAAAAUGACCCAAAAGCCUUUGAUGAUUAUUUCAGGCCAUGACUUUAAUUCCAGUAAUCAUCCAAUUGAGUUCAACGAAGAUGACCCUCGUGUCUUAAUGGAAUUAUACAAAUCGAAGAGUCACUUCCAAAACAGAGCUUAAGAUACUGUCUAGACCAAAACUACAAGGAAGAACACACAUCCAAGGAUGAAAACGGAUCAAUACCAGUAUUUAGUUGUAAUAACGAGAGCAAACUAUUACUUGCUUUCUAAAUCCUUGUUCUUCAGAAACCUUACAUUUAUGUCAGAAAGUCGCUGAUGUCUUAGAAUAGAAGAAAUCUGGAAGUCUCUUCAAUAGUGAUUUGAACAAAAAACUAAAUUUCUUGUUCUUGAGAUGAAUUUUAUUUAGAUCCGAACUGACUUCAGAUGUGACGCCUCCUCAACGAUAGCUGCUGUCAUGAAAUCCUAGCCAUUGACAUUGAAAAAUUUUCAAUGCCUGUCUUUCACCAAAUAAUGUGGAAGCACUUGUCUGAAAUGAAAUUAGAAUCGGAUCGAAACUGUGGGCGGAAAAUUGUUAAAAAAAGUUUUGUAGCGAAUUAAAUGGACUAAAUAAGCAUGUAUUAAAACUGCCGAAAGCCGCAGAGAAAAAGAGGGGUAACUCCACCUUUAUUCGGUCAGAACCUUCACUUACAGCCUUGUCUCCUUUUUUCUAGAGACUGAAAUGAAGGAAUUGUCUGGUGAGGCUCUGUCAUGAGUAGAUCUGGAAUUAUGGUUGGCAUGACAACUGUUGUUAUGUUGCUUGGUGACGAUGACGACGACAAAGUAAUGAUGUCAGCGGCAACGGACAACAGUGGUGUUGAUGAUGAAGCCAAUUCAAUGACCUUCUUUAGCAGGUGAAACGUAAAUUGAAAAUUUAACUAGAAAUAGGUUUAUCGCAGAACCUAGGGAAGCCUCGGGCAAAGUCGUUCCCAGAGUCCUCUUGGUGGAUGAGUGGAUGAGUAAGAGAGGGACCUGGGACCGUGGUUGGUUUCGGGUUGGAUGGUUACGUGUUAAAUGAUAGGGAUGGGAGGGUGGGUAGAAAUAAAGCAAAUUGACUAGCUCACGCGACUAAAAUAUCACAACAGAAAAGUUAAAAGGGAUUUGGGUUUUCCCGAUAGUUCGGAUGGUCUUGGCGCUCUUCUCAGAGGAUUUACAAAAGGCUAGUAGGGAUAAAACUGAAAUUAAUAGCUUACAAAUAAAACACAUGAUAGACUCAUUUGAAAGACAAAAGAAAAGAAAAAUGCGAAAAAGGUAAAUAAAUGAGGAAAAAUGGAGCAAAAAUGAACUUAAAAUAUGAAAUAACUGAAAGUAACGAAAGAUAAAUAGAAAUCUAGUAAAAUUAAAUAAUAUAUAAUAAUGAAAUUGAAAAUAAAGUCAAAUAAAUAAUAUAAUAAAUUAAUAAUAAGGAUAAUCGUGAUCACGAUAGUGAUAAUAGUUAAUAGAAAAGGAAUUAACAGCAACGAAAACUACUUGAUUGGUUUUUGAAACCGUAACUGCAAGGACAGUAAUUAAAGCAGUCACGUUGCAAAAAUUCAGCUGGAAGUAUUUUUGAUUUUUAAAAUCAAGUCACUUUAAAUGUUUUUCCUUUCCUGUUACUAUCAUUAUACUCAUUAGUAUCAUAGUUAUCUGCUAUAUUUAAUUUAUGAAUAUUUUCCCAAGUUUCUUUUUGUUUCGUUCUUUCUAUAUAUUUGCCUUUUUUUGUCUUUAUUCUUUUGUGCGUAAGUUAUUGUUUUUAAGUUUUAUUCCCACUGACCAAUAUUAUUUUCAACCAGUUUAAAUUAUUGUAUCACAUUUUCAACCGUGCCGCUUUCAUGCUAUAUAAGGACGGUCUAACUAUCCGAAAUAUCUGGAAACGCCCUGUCGUUUUUGUCUUUGCUGUUUUGUUAUCAUUUUGUUAUUAUGUGUUACACGAAUUGACCCAAAGAAGGAGUGAGAAAAAAAAACUAAGCUUUGAUGAUAAGUUCAGUUAAACGUUUGGUCUUGACAUCUUGAGAGAUUUAGGAGCAGUAAACGUUAACAAGCUGGGCAGCCAUGAUGAGGCACCUUGAUGUAAAAAGGUCUGACGCCUGUUUUUUUUAACGUUGCAUGGAUGAUGAUGAUGAUGAUGAUGAUGUGAUGAUGACGACGACGAGGAUGCCGAAGACGAUGAUAAUAAUGAUGUUGACGACGAAGAUGAUAGCAAUGUUAAGGACGGUGUUGAUAACAAUGCUGACGACGAUGAUGCAGACGACAACGAUGAUGAUGAUGAUGAUGAUGAUGAUGAUGAUGAUGAUGAUGACGGGAACCCAAAGCUCAGUUAA